CUCGCAUCUCACGGUCUCUCUCUCGCUCACACACUCACCCUCACACACACACACACACUCUCUCUCUCUCUCUCCCGUACAGGCCAGUCGGACCGGGCAAAGGAAACAUGAGUUACUCCAGCGACAUUUACAGCAGCAGCUCCUACAGGAAGAUCUUCGGAGAUGCCCCCCGGUCCGGCCGAGUGGGUCUGGGCAGCAGCAGCAGCCCGUCCCGCCUGCACUCUGCCCCUGCGGGAUACCGCAGCAGCCACCGCAACUACGGCCCCCCCUCCGUCAUGUCCUCCACCAGCUACCGCAGGACAGCGGCUCCCGGGCGCGUCUUCUCCUCCAUGCCGGACUCCGCGAUGGACCUGACCCAGUCCACCGCGGUCACCAACGAGCUGAAGAUCAUCCGCACCAACGAGAAGGAGCAGCUGCAGGGCCUCAACGACCGCUUCGUGUCCUUCAUCGAGAAGGUGCACAACCUGGAGCAGCAGAACAAGGUCCUGGAGGCGGAGGUGGGCAUGCUGCGCCAGCGCCACAACGAGCCCUCGCGCCUCCACGAGCUCUACGAGCAGGAGAUCCGCGAGCUGCGGGCGCGCGUGGAGGAGCUUACGCACGAGAGGAGCCAGAUGCACGUGGACUGCGUUCAGAUGAACGACACGCUGGAGCGCGUGCGUGAGAAGCUGGAGGAGGAGACCAAGCUGCGCGAGGAGGCCGAGAACACCUUGAAGGGCUACCGAAAGGACGUGGACGACGCCACCCUGUCGCGCCUGGAGCUGGAGAAGAAAGUGGAGUCGCUGCUGGACGAGAUCGCCUUCCUCAGGAAAGUCCACGAGGAGGAGCUGCAGGAGCUGCAGGCGUCUCUUCAGGCCACUCAGGUGUCAGUGGAGAUGGACAUGAGCAAACCGGACCUGACUGCCGCCCUAAAGGACAUCCGGGUUCAGUACGAGAACCUGUCAUCCAGGAACCAGGCCCAGGCAGAAGACUGGUACCGCUCCAAGUUUGCUAGCGUGAGUGAAGCGGCUGCACGCAACCAGGACGCCAUCAAGCACUCAAAGGAGGAGCUAAGCGAGUACCGCCGGCAGGUGCAGUCCCGCACCCUGGAGAUCGAGUCCCUCAGGGGCCACAACGAGGCCCUGGAGAGGCAGAUUGCUGAGAUGGAGGAUCGCCAUAACCAUGAAAUUGGAGAGAUGCAGGAUACCAUUCAGGAACUGGAGGCUGCCCUGCGCAGCACCAAAGGAGAAAUGUCCCGUCACCUGCAUGAGUACCAGGACCUGCUGAAUGUCAAGAUGGCGCUGGACAUUGAGAUCGCUGCCUACAGGAAGCUGCUGGAAGGCGAGGAGUGCCGCCUCAGCUCCAUCGGCGGAGCCAUGGUCCAGUCCGGCUACCAGGGCUUCUCCUACAUGUCGGCCCGCAGCUACACCCUCGGAGCCUACCGCAAGGCUGAAGCCAAGCCCGAGGAAGAGGAGGAGGCCGGCGAGGAGGAGGGCGAGCAGAACGAAGAGGAGGGAGAAGAGGGAGAAGAGGGAGAGGAGGGAGAGGAGGGAGAGGAGGGAGAUGACCAGGAGGAGGGCGAGGGAGAAGACGAUGACGAAGAAGAGGAGAAGCAGAAAGAGGAGGAGAAAGAGAAGGAGAAAAAGAAGGACAGCCCCACCGGCAAGACCAGCAAGAGCUAAACUGCUUAUUCCAACAUCAUCAUCUUCAUCAUUGUUGUCAAUAACACAUUCCUCAUCCCACCAAUCACAUGUAUGGAUCCGGUCACUGUUCACAUCCUCUCUGUCACACACAGAUGCCUCACACCUGCUGUCUCUGUCCCCGCUGGGAUGCUGAAGGAGCUUUAGAAGGAAACAGAUGUAUUACAAUGGCACAAGAGUUUAAGUCAUUCACACACUCUGCAGAGGUCGUCAUGGUUUUACAUCACACAAGCGCAGAGGGACGUGGAGAAGGCUAGCAUGAUGCCACAAGGUCAUUUAAGUUUAAAACGGGAUGAUUCUUCCUCACAUGGGCAACAGUGAACGUGCCAUUGAUGAUCAACAGCGAAAGUAACAUUUUAUCAGCACACAGACGUUAAGAAUAACGCACAGUAAGAGAGGAACCGCCAGUCCAACUUUUACGGUGCUAUUUGAUUUUUACAUAUAAAAGUUGGGGAGUACUGUAAGUUAAAGAUUGUAUCGCAGACCCAAAGCUCUACCAGCUCAUUCCUGAUUGUCUGCUUGUUAGAUUAAAAAUUGCUUCUAUUUAAACUGUAAGUCCAACCGCACACGCUCCGCACAACCGGUGAAUGAUUGUCGGUCCCGUCUUUCUUCCACACCUUUCCACGACUCUCUAGUUCUGCAUCUCAUUCCACCAUGACAAAUAGAAAUGCACCACUAACCAUUUAAAACCUUCUUUGUCAUCAUCUUUAGUACACUGCAGUGUCACAGCACGGCCACAAUGGCAACUUGGAGCGCAGGAAAACUAUGUAGAAAUGUGUGUUGGGGUAAGCUGAAAAGGAGGAGUGCUGCAGCUUCUCCAUGAGGUAGUGCAUCUAUGGGAAUGAAAAAUGUAGAGUUUUAAUUGCCGCUAUAUGUAUAUAUAGGUAUAUAUUUUUUAAUCUUUGAUUGAUUCAUUUGUCAAUACAUGCAUCAGCCAUCUCACCAGUUAGGUAGACACUACUGUAAGUCUUCUUCCUUAAUUUGUCUCCUGACAUGUUGCAUAGUACGUCAGAUAAACCAACCUGUUCACUUGUCCUCAUACUAAUGUAGUGGUGCUUCUGUUUAAUUUAGCUGGAUGAAGGACACCAGGAAGCAGGUAAUGGCUGUCAGUGUCAGGCAGCUGAGGAUGACACCGACAGCCCUCAGCUCCGACUGACGGUGGCAGGUGGGGCAGAUGCCACAGGGGUCUGGGCUAUAUGGUAAAGAUAAGGGCUAUUUCAUCAUAAACCCAUUAAAUCCCUUUGUUCUGAACUGUUUCAUUUUACUGAUGUUCAUCAGCUGAGAUUUAAUUUUUUGACAAAUGAAUCAACCAACGGGCAUGAAUGCAUGGCCUGACUCGUGAAUAUUUGCUGGAUGGGAUAGAUUCUUUGCUUGUUGUGUGUUCAAUUAAAAAAACUUGCCUUAACCAUGACCGAAAGUUAAAAUAAAACAUGUUUUCACAUCCAUCUCCUUUGUUUCUGGUGAGGCUGAGGAGUACUGACACGUUCCAGACCUCUGCUAUACAACUGUGACUUUACAUGCUGCUGUCUCAUGCAGUGAUAUUCCUCUCAAAGCCAAAUAAAGACAUUUAUUAACCAA